UGUUUCAGCGCGCGGGAGUACAGAAGGAAGCUGUUGUGUGUUGCUGUCAACAACUUGAACUUGCAUUUUAUCAACUGAACACUUUUUGCGACAAAAUGUGGAACCAGGGAUACACUGAGACGAGUAUGGCAGGGGGUUACACUCAAUCUCCAGGGGGAGGAUUUGCUUCACCCGCCUUGUCCCAAAUGGAGAAGAAAGGGCAAAGAACGAGGGCAACUCAGAUAAUCCCAUGCACGGUGUCUCAGCUGAUGUCAGCAGUACACUCUGAUGAGACUUUCAAAGUGGGAGAUGUGGAGGUUUCUCAGGUCACAAUUGUCGGAAUAAUCAGAACGACAGACAAGUCCAUGACCAACAUCCAGUACAAAGUGGAUGACAUGACGUGUGCUCCCAUGGAUGUGAAGCUUUGGGUGGACAUGGAGGACUCUAACUUCGACAGUAAUGUCCUGCCUCCUGGCACUUACGUCAAAGUCUCCGGCAACCUGCGGUCGUUUCAGAAUCACCGUUCCGUGGUGGCAUUCAGCGUUCGUCCUCUUGAAGACAUGAAUGAAAUCACCUCUCAUAUGUUGGAGGUGGUCCAGGCGCACAUGGCUCUCAGCAAACCGCAGACCAUGACUUCGGCCGGAGGAGGGAUGAGCAGCAGCAGCAGCAUGAUGACACGGCCUGGGAUGGACCGAGGCUACUCGGGUGCCAGCGACAUGACAAACAAUGGCUUGAGCGCAAAUCAGAACCAGGUGCUGAGUUUGAUACGUGGCUGUCCGGAGGCUCGGGGGAUCAGCGUCCAGGAGCUGAAGCAACGGCUCAGUGGAAUGAGUCUGGCUGUCAUCAAACAAGCUGUGGAGUUUCUGAGUAACGAAGGUCACAUCUUCUCCACCAUCGACGAAGACCACUUCAAGUCCACAGACAGCGACGAUUAGCCGCAUUUCUUUAUUGAGAACCGAGUCUCCAUCUGCAACAAGCACUAAAAUCUUUGUUGAACUUCUCGUAAAAUAUAUUAUUUUCCCACUCUGGUGCAAACAAUAUCAUCACCAACUUCUGUUUCCGUCUACGACGUCAAGUCUUUUUACUCACAAAGUGUGAGCUUUGACUCUGUAAUAAACCGAAAACAC